AUGUCGGCCGACGACCAGCAAUUUCUGGACGUCCUCUCGUCCCUGCCCAACCACAUCCGCCGGUACUCCGACGACAUUGCCAACCAGAUCAAUAGCCAGGUCGACAGGGCUGCCGAAGUCGUCCGCGACACUCUAUCCUCAGCACAAUGGAUUCCCGACUCUGUGCGCCCGACGCCAGUGUCUCGUUCCGUACCCAUCGAGGUCAUCGCUGUGACGCGCUACGAACAAGUUCGGGACUGGAUGUCUCGGAACAAGCUCGUCACGGGCGCUGCUGUCGCCGUCUUUGGCGUUGUCGUCUACAAGACGUACAGGAGUAGUAGUCUCUACCGUAAGACGAGGAGAGCCAAGCGUGCGAGGAACGGUGGUCGCCUGGAGGUUGUCGUCAUCGCUGGUUCGCCGACCUUGCCUCUGACGAGAUCGCUGUCGCUGGACAUGGAGAGGAGAGGGUUCAUCGUCUUUGUCGUUUGUAAUGCCGUUGAAGACGAGUCCAUGGUACACAACAUGUCGAGGCCGGAUAUCAAGCCGUUGACGAUCGAUGCCACCGACCCCCCAAGUGCCGGCAGCGCUAUCGAACGGUUUGCUCAGUACCUCCAGUCACCGCAUGCUCCAGCACCCAAGACGAAACCGAAUUUCCUCGAGCUCAAGUCCGUCAUCCUGAUUCCGUCUCUCAACUACCAGACCUCUCCCAUCGCCACCAUCCCACCCUCCAGCUUUGCCGACCUCUUCAACACCCACCUCCUGCACCCCAUCCUCACAAUACAGGCCUUUCUUCCCCUUCUCACAGCUCGCCUCAGCCCAGCCGGCGAGAAGUGGCACCCGCCCAAGGUCAUGGUCUUCACCCCCUCGAUCAUCUCGUCCAUCAACCCGCCCUUCCACGCGCCGGAGGCGACCGUCUGCUCCGCCCUCUCAGCCUUCACCGAAGUUCUUACUGCGGAGCUCAGGCCUCUCGGUGUCCCCGUCACCCACAUGCAGCUGGGCACCUUUUGA